CGAAAUCAAACACACGAAGAAAUCCCAAACUUCCUCUUUGACGUAGUUACACACGUGUCGUGAGCUCAUAUUUAGCCUGAAAACCGUAGCAGAUCUCUAGAAAUAAUCGACUGCGUUAUCAAAAUGCCUAAAGUUAAAGCGGAAAAGAAAACGCGACAACACCAAGACGUGAAAAGUCAAGGAAUCAUGUUCAACACUGGUAUCGGGCAGCAUAUUCUGAAAAAUCCCCUGGUGGUUAAUGGCAUUAUUGAGAAGGCAGCCUUGAGACCUACAGAUGUGGUCCUGGAGGUCGGUCCUGGAACUGGAAACAUGACCGUAAAACUUCUGGAAAAGGCCAAAAAAGUAGUCGCAUGUGAGCUGGACACGAGGCUUGUAGCUGAACUUCAGAAACGAGUGCAGUGCACGCCGAUGCAGACAAAGUUACAGAUUUUGGUUGGUGACGUUUUGAAGACUGAACUGCCAUUUUUUGAUGUGUGUGUAGCAAAUUUACCCUAUCAGAUAUCAUCACCAUUUGUCUUCAAGCUACUUCUUCACAGACCUUUCUUCAGAUGUGCAGUGCUGAUGUUCCAGAGAGAGUUUGCUAUGCGGUUGGUGGCGAAGCCUGGAGAUAAACUCUACUGCAGACUAUCAAUCAACACACAACUACUGGCAAGAGUGGACCACCUCAUGAAGGUUGGAAAAAACAAUUUCAGACCUCCUCCUAAAGUGGAAUCUAGUGUGGUCAGGAUAGAGCCAAAAAAUCCACCACCACCCAUCAAUUUUCAGGAAUGGGACGGUCUUGUCAGAAUUGCGUUUGUAAGAAAGAACAAAACUCUGAACGCAGCCUUCAAGUCUACUGCUGUUGAGCAGCUUUUGGAGAAGAACUACAGAAUUCACUGCUCCAUGCACAACAUAGAAGUACCAGAGGACUUCAGCAUUAUCCAGAAAAUUGAGGGCGUUCUACAGGAAGCUGGGUUUAGUGAAAAACGGGCAAGAUCGAUGGACAUAGAUGACUUCAUGGUAUUACUUCAUGCGUUCAACUCUGCUGGGAUCCACUUUUCAUGAAGCGCAAAUACAGGAUGUCUGGACUGUAUAUUCAUAUUGAUAUCACAUUUUAAUUAUAGUGUGCCUUUUAUUUAGAUGUUAAUCUCAAGGUGCUAUAUUAUUAUGCGAAAAUGUUCAAUAACACCAUAUUUUUCACUUAAGCCUAUUUGAGAAAUGUGUG